ACGCUACACAAUUAUGUCAAUGUUUUAUGACGUCAGGCAGAAAUCCAAGAUGGCGGCUUCUGGUGAGCAUUUGUUGUGCUCUCGUUCUUGGGGGAAAUAAACUGAAAUACAAAUGAAAAUUACCCUUAAAGGCCUUUCGGAGGAAGAAAAAUAAAAUUCAAGGAGCGUAUUGUUCUUUUUUAGCUAUCUUCUCCUAAAGUCGUCAACAUGAUCCUCUCUCGUUUGAAGCCAGCCGUGGGAGGGAAGGCGGCAAGCAUCAGUGGCAAGAAGAAGAAGAAGAAAAACAAAGUUCCCAGCUUGGAGGAAUAUCUGCAACAGAGAGACUACCUGGGGGCGUUAACCCUCCUAGAGUUCCAGAGAAGUAUUGGCGAGCAAGAGGUGAAAACUGACCUAUGGAUCGGAUUCUGUGCCUUUCAUCUGGGUGACUACAAGAGAGCUAUGGAGGAGUACAAAACCAUGACUGCGAAGCCUGACUGCAAUCCAGACGUUUGGGUCUAUCUGGCCUGCGUCAUGUUUUUUCUGGGGCUCUAUAAGGAGGCUGAGGAGGCUGCCUUGAAGGGCCCACAAUCCGCCCUGAAAAAUCGACUCCUCUUCCAUCUGGCUUACAAGUUUAACGAUGAGGAGAAACUGAUGGACUUCCACCAGAACCUGGAGGAUGUAACAGAAGACCAGCUGAGCUUGGCCUCUAUCCACUAUAUGCGCUCGCACUACCAGGAGGCCAUUGAUAUCUACAAGCGCCUCCUCCUACAGAACAUAGACUUCUUGGCAAUGAAGGUGUACGUGGCUCUGUGUUACUACAAGCUGGGCUACUAUGACGUCUCCCAGGAAGUGCUGGCCGCCUACCUCCACAACAUCCCUGACUCCACCAUCGCCCUCAAUCUCAAAGCCUGCAACCACUUCAAUCUCUAUAACGGCAAAGCAGCAGAGGCUGAGCUGAAGUUCCUAAUCGACAUCUCCUCCUGCUCUUUUGAGUUUGCUAAGGAGCUUAUAAGACACAACCUGGUGGUGUUUCGUGGCGGCGAGGGGGCGUUACAGGUGCUACCUCCUCUGAUUGACGUUAUCCCCGAGGCAAGACUCAACCUGGUCAUCUACUACCUGAGACAAGAUGACGUCCAGGAAGCUUACAACCUCAUCCAAUAUUUAGUACCUGCGACAGCUCAGGAGUACAUUUUGAAAGGGGUGGUAAAUGCUGCACUCGGACAGCAACUUGGAACAAGGGAUUACUUGAAAGUUGCUCAGCAGUUCUUCCAGUUGGUCGGAGGCUCGGCCAGCGAAUGUGACACUAUUCCCGGCAGACAGUGCAUGGCUUCCUGCUUCUUCCUCUUGAGAGAGUUUGAAGACGUCCUCGUAUAUCUCAACUCAGUCAAGACUUACUUCUAUAACGACGACACGUUUAAUUUCAACUACGCUCAGGCAAAGGCAGCCCUUGGCAACUACAAAGAGGCAGAAGAGACUUUUCUGAAUAUUCGGAGUGACAAGAUCAAAAGCGACUACGUGUACCUCAGCUGGCUGGCACGCUGCUACAUCAUGAACCAGAAGGGUCGUCUUGCCUGGGAGCUUUAUCUGAAGAUGGGCACUUCUUCUGACUCCUUCAGUUUGCUUCAGCUCAUCGCCAACGACUGCUACAAGAUGGGACAGUUCUACUUUGCAGCUAAGGCAUUUGAUGCUCUGGAGAAGCUAGACCCAGAUUCCGACUACUGGGAGGGGAAGAGAGGGGCAUGUGUUGGCAUCUUUCAGCUCAUUUUAGCCAAGAAAGAGUCCAAGGAGAUACUUAAGGAGGUGGUGCUCCUGCUGCGAAAUUCUGGCAACCCGCAGGUGGAAUUUAUCCUCCGAGUCAUGAGGAAAUGGGCCAAAGACAACAGAGUCUUUAUUUCAUGACCAACUCACGUCAUGUGUGAACCCUGUGGUCAUUGCAUGACACACAUUAUAUAUUUGCAAAAACUUUAUUAUAUUUACUUCUGUACUAGAAAUACUGUGUUUAUGUUCUUGCAAAUAUAUUCAAAUGCAUUUAAUUACUAUAACUGACUUUUCAAUGUAGUCUCUUCCUUGCUUUGUACAAUUUUAUUACAAUGACAAAGGUUGAAACAAAUUAUUGCGAUGGUUCAAACAGCUCUUGUAUAACAUAGAGCAGUGGUUCUCAAACUUUUUUCCGCUAAGUGGCACCUCAGAAAACACUUGGCUCUCCAAGUACCACCAUAUUGACCAACAUUAAAAUACAUUAGUGUAGUAGGCCCAAGUAUUCAAUAAAAACAAGGCAGGGUUUUUUAUUGAACAAGUAUAUACAUUUUUUUUGGCCACACAGUUUGAACAGUAACACUGUGUUUGAAUAUAGAAAAAUAAAACACUGUACUUAAAUAAUGAAUCAAAUACAACUAAUUGCACAUAAAAGUUAAAUAAGCAUUGUACCAAAAAUAAAUAUAAAAAUACAGUUUUUAAAGAUUAAAUAAAAAUAUACUCAAAAAUAAAUAAAACUGUAUAGUAUUUCAUGUUUUUACUACUUUUUCAUUUUAUUUAUAUUGUAACUGGCUGGGUCCUAUGUUAUGUUAUGUUCCACAUGUAGUUUAUUCAAUGUUGAACAGAUAUUGUGAGUUCCCAUGGCCACGAAGGCAUCAUUAUGUGCAGCUUUCCCUGAUGAUGUUCUUUUUUUACAUGUGUUCUGCGUGUUGAUUGGCUGGGAGGCUAGGAAAGGGUGGACCUAAGCAGAGAAUGUGGAGAACAGGCGAAUCCCACGUGUGUUGAGUGGUAUAAAUUACGUAGGGCAGUUCUGUUUGUGUCUCAAUUGUUUAUUUUGGCGUCGACUACGGCCUACAGUAGUCUGAUUGUAACAACUUCCAUUGGAUGCUAAUAAACCUUUUAUAACG